ACAUCGAAACGGUUGCGUUUGGCGUUGGGGCUGGCCGCUGUAAGCCUGCAACACGGUUUAUUUGUCCGUGUUUAUUUAGUGGCUUCUACAUUUUUACAUACUAUCAUGCAGAUUGAGGAAGUUUAUAACUUUACUCAAGAUGAUCUCUUGACUGAGGAUAUUUUGAUACUUGACACACAGACCGAAGUGUUUGUUUGGAUUGGUCAGUCAGUAGACGCCAAAGAGAAGCAAAAUGCUUUUGAGAUUGGCCAGAAAUAUGUGCACUUGGCCACUUCUCUUGAGGGAUUGUCUCCAAAAGUUCCAUUAUAUAAAGUCACAAAAGGAAAUGAGCCUUGCUUCUUCACAACAUUCUUUUCAUGGGAUCCUGCAAAGGCGACAGUAUCUGGAAACUCAUUUCAGAAGAAGGUAGCAUUACUCUUUGGUGCAAGCCAUGCUGUAGAGGAGAAGUCCAAUGGGAACCAACGGGGUCACACUCAAAGGGCUUCAGCAUUAGCUGCCUUAUCUUCGGCAUUUAAUCCAUCCUCCACAAAAUCAACCUCUACAGCUCAGGAUAGAUCCAAUGGAAAUCAGGGACCAACCCAAAGAGCUUCAGCUUUAGCUGCUUUAUCUUCAGCAUUUGGUUCUUCAUCAGCAACAAAACCAAUUUCCCCUCCUCUGAGGCCAGUUAGUCAGGGAUCACAAAGAGCAGCAGCGGUAGCAGCCCUUUCAUCUGUUCUUACUGCUGAAAAGAAGCAAUCACCCGGUGGCUCCCCCUCCAGAUCACUGAAUAGCAGCCCCCUUGCGCAAGCUAGCCCAGCAGCCGAGGAUUCUCAAGAGGCUGCUGAAGUCAAGGAGACAGACGAAGUUGCUCCUGAACCCACUGGGGAAAAUUCAGAACAAAUGCCAGAGGCAGAGCAGAAUGAGAAUGAGAGUGGAGGCAAUCAAAUUACAUUCAGUUAUGAACAACUGAAAUCCAAAUCUGAGAAUCCAGUAACUGGGAUUGAUUUUAAACGCAGAGAGGCAUAUCUGUCAGAAGAGGAGUUUGAGACAGUGUUUGGAAUGACAAAAGAAGCAUUCUAUAACCUGCCAAGAUGGAAGCAAGACUUAACAAAGAAGAAAUUUGAUCUGUUCUAGAGACCAAGCUCGAUCAUUUGCCUGCUUCCUCCACGUUCUGACUACCAAUACCUCAUUUCAUUCUCUGUGCCUGAAACUCAUGGUCUCAUUGGUACACUCCAUACAUAUAUUGCCAUGGUCUAUUUGCCAUUCUUAUGAACUUAGCUAUAGCUUUGGUGUUGAUAUCGGAAUUUGAUUGUGAUGCAUCGUGACAUGAAGAGUGAUUCUCCAUUUCUUUUUCCUGGUAAUGAUCACAUUAGUUUGUAGUUGCAAAAUACAGACAGGAAGACAAAAUUCUUUUAUUUGGUUGGUAAUUGUUAUGUAUCCUCUCAUCUUGUGGUUAUUUCAUGUUUUGAUUUUGUUAAAAGAAGGUGGUGUAUAUUGUCUUUGC